UCAGACACACCUGUAUCACUGUGUACAGAGUCUGAUCACAUGACGAGGAACAACCUUCACUACAAUCACACAGCUGAGACGUUCAGUCGCAGCAUCUGAGUAAACUUCACCCUGUGCAAGUACCAGAGGAAGGAACCUGAUCAGCUGACUGACUGUGGAGACUGAGCGCGCUCUGUACUGCUCUACCUGCUCAACCUCACACAGGGACCAUGUGGAGGUUUGUCCUGGCUGUCAGUCUGCUCUGCUGCAGCUCUGACGCCUCAGUCACCUGCAAAGAUGAGAACGGGGGACAAGUGGACUGGUUCAUCUUAUACAAGGCACCCUAUCAGAGAGGCCAGCUCACAGGUCUGGAGUAUAUCUACAUUGGUCCAGAUGCACAUGGGAAGGUCACUAAACGUACUGGUACUGACAUCAAAGGCAUCCUGGCAAACACCCUGAGGCCCAUCUUUACCAGCACAAUGCCAAAGGACUUUGGAUUCAUCAGCUACAGCGAUCAGCCUCCAGAUGGGAGAAGUGUUUCUAAUACACAUGGCCACAGUAAAGGAGUUCUGAUGGUGGAUAAAACUGGAGACCAGGGAGUCUGGCUCCUACACAGCACACCAAGGUUCCCUCUCAGAGAUCAAAAUAUAUUCUGGCCUAAUGGUGGAGCAGCGAAUGCUCAGACAUUUAUCUGUGUAACGUUUAAGUACGACCAGUUCAGAGCUAUAGGUAAACACCUGCAGUACAUCGGAGCUUUCCCAUUUGAUCAUCAUAUUCCAGACAGCUUUCACAAAGAGCUUAAAGAUGCUAGAGAUGGGGUCAGACUUCCCCCCGUCUCUACUUUCCAGUCACUGACAUCACGUGGAGGUCAGCUGUUUGGUAGCAUUGCUAAACAACAGUCAAAUAUAGUAACAGUUGGAGAUCUUUACGUCUCUAUUGCUUCACUACCAGAGGUAAACAGUGAUUUGUAUGUUCAGACCUGGUUAGAACGGAGUGGUACACCUGCUAAAUCCUUCUGUCCUCCACAAGGAAAAAAAGUGCAAAAUAUUGAGUCUAUACAUGUAACUGGUUUGGGUGAGUGGGAACGCACAAAAGAUCAUUCAAAGUGGUGUGUAGCUACAGAUCAAAACAGACCUUGGACCUGUAUCGCUGAUGUGAACAGAGCAGAUUCCCAGUUUAAGAGGCGUGGGGGGGCACUGUGCAUUAUGGACAAAGACAUAACAGAUACAUUCAGCCUUUUUGUGAUGCGUGCAGAGCUUUGUUGAAAUGCAGGAACACAUGAAGGAACAGACCUGGGGGGUGGGGGGAAAAGAAGGAAAGAAGGAAAAGAAGUCAAGUAUCCCUCAGUCUAUCUAAUAAUCAGUGUCCUGACUCGUCAGUGAAGGACUAAAGAAGUUCCUCUCUGAAUCCUGCUUCUCCUCUGUUUGGCUUCUUCUGUGUUUGAAUUCAUCAGUUUAAAUGUUGGUAAAUUGUGUCUGCAGCACUGCUGGAGAACCUGUUCAUGUACAGGUGUUUAAAUGGUCUGAUGUCAUCACUCCAUCAUGAAUGUUGAUGUGGAAGUGAAAUGUCUGUGUUGGAGAAAUGAAAUAAAAUCAGGCAGAAACA